GUGGAUCAUAAAUUCAUAAAUUUGAUUAGUUUUGGAGUUGUACAUCUCUGUUCCUUACAUUUCAUGUCAUGUCUUUAUUAAUGUUUUAUUUGUUGCUUUGACUGUUUUCGAAUAGAAUAUGCAGUGGGAAUAUAGAGGGAGAUAAGUAGUGAAAGUUCUGUCUGGGUUGAUUGUGCGUCGAUCCAUUGGUAAUGCCUCAGGGCUCCAGUAGGUGGGUUCGCGCGCCUCCUUCACUCAAUACAGACGAGUGAGAGUGAGAGCUGCGUGUCUGUGCCGUUCUUUCACCUCUCCUCACUAUUUCCCCUGUUUAAGGGCACAACAUUUGGAGGCACCGCUGGGAUGAUUGAUUUGAGGACCAUCCCUGACCUGUAAGAGAAAUCCUCUCGUUGAUCAUCCCUCCCAGACGACCCAGGUAUCAGAAAGGAGCAUAGCGAAGCAGCAGAGGCAUUGCUAGACCUACGUUGGUGUCUGUAUCCUGAAGUGAAAACGUGACCACUAGGGGGCAGUAAAAACCAACUAAGUCGGAACAUUUCUCAGCUGACUGCUUGUGCUAACUCCUCUGACAACAUGGAGUCUGAAUUAGAAAAGCUAGAGCUGGAGAUUAAAGGAACACUGUAUCAACUGACCUUAGAGCAGCUGAUUAAAUUAUGUGAUGUACUUCAAAUCUCCGGACCAGGAAAAGAGUUUGUGAUUAAUAAAACGCGCAGUCAGCUAGUCUCACAUUUAGUUAAGCACCUUGAACGCACAGAGCUGGCUACCCGAGAGGACGAAGGUAUGUCAGAACUUCUUAAUGUCCAGGACAUUAUAAGUGACAUACAAAUGGAUAAAAAACAAAGUGUGAAUGAAACAGUGGACCCAGCUGUUCAGGACCAAGAAAGUAGCCAGGAGGAGAUAGAGACAUUAAGACUGCUCUUACAACAAAAAGAGGGUGAAAUGCAUGACUUGAUGAGGAAUAGCAUGAAUCCUGCCUUAAGUCCUCGCACCCCAGUGAGAAACAUUGUUCCAACAGCACCAAACAGUUCCAUGUGGCGCAAAGAUUUUAAGAUAUCAGGCCAAAUAGGAGAGCCGGGGCAAAAAGACAGGCUGACAUUUUCCAGUCUGGCCAGACAAAUUGAAAGCGGGAUCAAUAGAGGCUACCCAGAAUCAGAAAUCACUGAUGCUGUAAUUCGUGCUAUCACGCCAGGCUUGCAGCUAAGGAGUUAUCUUGAAGGAAAAGAAAACCUCACAUUACCUGCUCUUAGGAGAAUCCUCAGGUCUCAUUACCAGGAGAAAGGUGCCACAGAGUUAUACAAACAACUUACCUCUGAGGUUCAGAGUAGUAAAGAGACACCCCAAAAUUUCUUGAUCAGGACAAUGGACUUGAGACAGAAAAUCCUGUUUGCUUCUCAGGAAGUUGAGUCCAGUCUAAAGUAUGACCCAGCACUAGUCCAGAGCCUUUUCAUGCAUACUGUCCUGACUGGUCUUCAGAAUGACAAUAUUAAAAGUGACCUGCAACCUUACCUCCUGCAGACAAAUACUUCAGAUGAGUUGUUGCUUGAGAAGGUAAAUAUUGCAGUCGCAAAUGAAAAAGAAAGACAGGACAAAAAGAAACACGCCGCUCCAUCACGAGUAACAGCUGUAAAUACUGUCCAGUCUAAUGAUUCCCCAGUGGGAAAGAGAAGCACAGCCCAAGAGAAACCAGCUCCUCUACCCCCUGAUCUUCUAACAGAAAUAAAAGAAAUGCGUGCUGACAUGGUACUGCUGAAAGACUUGAGGGCUGAAGUUUCCCAAAUCAGAGAAACCAUUCAAAAGACAACCCCAGCACCUCAGCAGCCCUUCCCCAUUAAGGCUGAACAAAACUGCAUGCCAUUUUACCACCAGCACCCUCCUGCAGCAGCACAGGAAUACCACUCAGCACAUGGACCUGGGCAUGUGCAUGGGACAGCACAGUUUCAACAAAGAUUUGCACCACAGCGAUAUUAUCCCUCACCACGUCACCGCCCCAGAUGUUUUGCAUGUGUGCAGGCAGGUGAGGAAUAUUGUCAGCAUUGUUUUAGGUGUGGGAGUAGUGAGCAUUUCCGUGCAGGUUGUAAAGCACCUAGACUGACCAAAUCAGAUAAAGGAAGCCCUUUAAACUAAGGGAGGUUGCUCCCACGGGACAUGGGGCAACCGACAGCAUUGAAAAGUCCCAAUAUUGUGCUAACUGUGAAGGAAAGGAAGAAAAUAUGAAGUUAAAAUGUUGUUCUGUUUGUAAGAUAACAUUGUACUGCUCAAAAGACUGUCAAGAGACACACUGGUCUGUGCACAAAAGAUACUGUAAGCCAUGUACAUGUUCAUCUAUUAAGAAACAGGAAACACAGUCAAGUUGCAAACCAAAGUGUAGGAAAAGAAGUAAUUCAGUGAAGACGCCUACUGUAAAAGAGCUUGUAGGAGAGAAAUGUCUCAUUCAGUGCUUUCUGCACAACCAAAGAAUCCAGGCACUUUGGGACACAGGUUCACAAAUUUGUGCUGUAGAUGCGGCCUGGAAACAGACCCAUUUGCCUGAUGUCCAACUAAGAGAUAUAGCAGAACUAGUAGACCCACUUGAACCACUGCAACUUGAAGCAGCCAAUGGGACGGAAAUACCAUAUAUUGGUUGGCUUGAGGUAAGCUUCAGACUUACUGCUAAUGAUGAAGAUCUGCUAAUACCUGUGUUAGUAUUAAAAGGCAACCAACAGUCAUGCCCCAUAAUUGGCUUUAAUGUGAUUUCACACCUAGUUGCAAACAGAGUACAGGAUCAGACAAACAAUAAGAAUAAAGAGAAACUCAUGAAAACAGUAAAAGUAGCUUUUCCUCACCUCAGAAAGAGUAGGGCAAGAGCUUUUGUUAAUGCAGUGACAGUGGGACAGCCAU